ACAUCACCACAUUCCUAUGUCCCCAUGUGCUUGUAUCCCUAUCUCCCAUGCCCAUGCUCUUGUGCUCCCAUGCCCUGUGUUUCCAUGUUCCCAUCCUUAUGCCCCCAUGUCUCAGCAUCUCUAUGUCCCCAUCUCCGUGUCCACAUCACCUCAUCCCCAUGUCCCCAUGUCCGUGUGUCUCCAUGUCCCUGUCUACACCCCAUGUUUUCCUGUCAACCCAUUACCUCCACUGUCCCCACAUCCCCCAGUUUGGCCGGACUGAGGUCAUCGACAAUUCCCUGAAUCCUGAUUUCCUGCACAAGUUUGUCCUCGAUUAUUGCUUUGAGGAGCGGCAGAACCUGCGCUUUGACUUGUAUGAUGUGGACUCCAAGAGCCCUGACCUCUCCAAGCAUGAUUUCUUGGGCCAGGCAUUCUGCACCCUGGGGGAGAUUGUGGGUUCAGCUGGCAGCCGCCUGGAGAAACCCCUGACGAUGGGUACAGCCACCAUGCACCCCCGGGGCAGGAGACCCACCCCAGCCACCUCCAACGGUGGCGUUCUGGGGAAGAAGUGCGGCACCAUCAUACUCCUCGCUGAAGAGUUGGGAAACUGCCGGGACGUGGCCACACUCCAGUUCUGCGCCAACAAGCUGGAUAAGAAGGAUUUCUUUGGAAAAUCUGACCCCUUCAUGGUCUUCUACCGCAGCAACGAAGACGGGACUUUUACCAUCUGCCACAAGACAGAAGUGGUGCGGAAUACACUGAACCCUGUCUGGGCAGCCUUUGCCAUUCCUGUGCGUGCCCUCUGCAACGGGGACCAUGACCGAGCCAUCAAGGUGGAGGUAUAUGACUGGGACCGUGAUGGCAGCCACGACUUCAUUGGGGAGUUCACCACCAGCUACCGGGAGUUGGCGCGAGGCCAGAGCCACUUCAAUGUGUAUGAGGUGGUGAACCCCCGGAAGAAGAUGAAGAAGAAGAAGUACCUGAACUCGGGGACAGUGAGGAUGGGGAUGUGCAGAGGUGGGGGACACAGAGGGUGUGGGCACUUCCUCCCCUGAGACCCAUGUCCCCACAGGUAACACUGCUUUCCUUCACUGUGGAGGCUGAGCACACCUUCCUGGACUACAUCAGGGGCGGGACCCAACUCAACUUCACAGUGGCCAUCGAUUUCACGGCAUCCAAUGGUGAGUAGGGGGUUUGUCCCCCCAAGGGGGGAUUUAUUUGAGAUGGCUUGAGACAGUUGUAACCAGUUUAGUGUCAUGGUGGUGUCAUCCUUGUCACUGAUUUGGGGACAUGGUGUUGUCCUUGUAGUUGUGCUGGGGACAUGGUCAUGUCUCCCUUGUCACUGGGUUGGGGUCAUGAUGGCAUUGUCCUUGUUGUGGG